AUGUCAAGUGUUCUAUCUGAUAGUUAUUUUCAGGCAAGCAACAUGACUGAGAUCACAGAGUUUAUACUAACAGGUUUCACAAACAAUAAGAACCUGAAAGUCUUAUUAUUUCUAUUAUUUCUCACAAUUUACAUUUUUACUUUGAUAGGUAACUUGGGAUUAGUUUUGUUGGUAAUUGGGGAUUCCAGGCUCCAUAAUCCCAUGUAUUAUUUUCUAUGUGCUUUAUCAUUAUUAGAUGCUUGUUAUUCCACAGUUGUCACACCAAAGAUGCUGGUCAAUUUCCUUUCUAGCGAUAAAUCCAUCUCAUAUCCUGGAUGUGUAACACAGAUGUUCCUUUUUGUUGCUUUUGGGAACACAGAAUGUUUUCUCUUGGCAGCAAUGGCAUAUGACCGCUAUGUAGCCAUCUACAACCCACUUCUGUAUGCAGUGAGCAUGUCACCCAGAGUUUACCUGCCACUCAUUAUUGUGUCUUAUGUUGGAGGCGUUAUAAAUGGUUCUGUCCACACAGCAGCCACUUUCAGUCUGUCCUUUUGUAGAUCCAAUGAAAUUAGGCAUGUCUUCUGUGAUGUUCCUCCUCUCCUAGCUAUUUCUUGUUCUGACACCCACAUCAAUCAGCUUCUUCUCUUCUACUAUGUGGGCACUGUUGAGCUCAUCACUAUCCUGAUCGUCCUCAUUUCCUAUGGUUUCAUUCUCUUUUCCAUUCUGAAGAUGCAUUCUGCUGAAGGGAGGAGCAAAGUGUUUUCUACAUGCGGAGCUCACCUCACUGGAGUGUCUAUCUAUCAUGGAACCAUCAUCUUCAUGUACGUGAGACCUAGUUCCAACUAUGCUUUGGAGCAUGACAUGAUAAUUUCGACAUUUUAUACCAUUAUUAUUCCCAUGCUCAAUCCCAUCAUCUACAGUCUGAGGAACAAAGAUGUAAAAGGUGCAAUGAAAAAGGUCUUUGACAAAAAUUGGUUUAUGAAAAGUUUCAUUUUCAAUAUUGAACUAUGCUAA